ACUUGAUCUGCUUCCUGGGGUUUGCUUUCACUUCUUCCAGGGUCGCCUUCUCUCACUGCUGCCGCUUGGAUGCACUUGCAAAAAAGCCAAGGGGCCUGAUCCUGGGGGAAGGAAAAACUCCAUAGGCAAGAUUUUGUUUCCAGAACUCCUGCAAAUUGGAGAAAGCUAUGAUGCUGCUGUCCCUGAGAUGCAGAAUUGGGAUGCUCCGGUGGAUCGGGCCCACAAGGGGGCCUCACUGCCUCAUCUGCCCCCAGAAGAGAGGCUGCCACUCUUCCCCCCCUAAAAUCUUGGGGGUGAAAAAGAGGGGCUACGACAUCACCAGAAACCCCCACCUCAACAAGGGAAUGGCCUUUACCCUUGAAGAGCGACUCCAACUGGGAAUUCAUGGCCUACUUCCUCCUUGCUUCUUGAGCCAAGAUGUUCAAGUCCUCCGUGUCCUGAAAAGCUACGAGACCAAAUCCAGUGAUCUGGACAAAUAUAUCGUCCUCAUGACCCUGCAAGACCGAAAUGAGAAGCUAUUCUAUCGAGUUCUCACAUCAGACAUUGAGAGAUUCAUGCCGAUUGUAUACACUCCUACUGUUGGCUUGGCUUGUCAGCAGUAUGGCCUGACUUUCCGAAGGCCUCGUGGGCUGUUCAUUACCAUUCAUGACAAAGGACAUAUUGCAACGAUGCUGAAUUCAUGGCCUGAAGAAAACAUAAAGGCUAUUGUGGUGACAGAUGGAGAGCGCAUUCUUGGUCUGGGGGAUCUAGGAAGCUAUGGCAUGGGAAUACCAGUAGGAAAACUUGCUCUCUAUACGGCUUGUGGUGGAGUUCACCCCCAGCAGUGCCUGCCUGUCCUUCUGGAUGUCGGCACAGACAAUGAGGCCUUACUGAAUGAUCCGCUCUACAUUGGUCUGAAACACAAGAGAGUUCGUGGGAAACAGUAUGAUGACCUGAUAGACGAGUUUAUGCAAGCUGUCACUAACAAGUAUGGGAUGAAUUGCCUCAUUCAGUUUGAAGACUUUGCAAACGCCAAUGCCUUCCGACUUCUCAACAAAUACCACCAGCGGUAUUGUACAUUCAAUGAUGAUAUUCAGGGAACCGCCUCUGUUGCAGUAGCUGGAAUCUUUGCAGCCUUAAGGAUCACAAAGAACAAGCUUUCUGACCAUAAAUUUGUCUUCCAGGGAGCUGGAGAGGCUGCUAUGGGCAUUGCUCAUCUGAUAGUUAUGGCUCUAGAGAAGAAAGGCUUCUCAAGAGAAGAAGCUGUCAAAAAAAUCUGGAUGGUGGACUCCAAGGGUCUCAUUGUCAAGGGUAGGAGUCACCUGAACCAUGAAAAGGAGAUGUUUGCCCAGGAUCAUCCCAAUGUGAAGACCCUUGAAGAAGUUGUGCGGACAGUAAAACCAACAGCCAUUAUUGGUGUGGCUGCUAUUGCUGGAGCGUUCACUGAUCAAAUUUUGAAGGACAUGGGGACAUUCAAUGAGAGGCCAAUUGUGUUUGCUCUCAGCAACCCCACAAGCAAAGCCGAGUGCACGGCUGAAAAGUGUUACCACUUAACAGAGGGACGAGGUAUUUUCGCAAGUGGGAGCCCAUUCCCAAAAGUGACCCUGCCAAAUGGGCAGACCUUCUUCCCUGGUCAAGGGAACAAUGCAUACGUUUUCCCAGGUGUUGCUCUGGGAGUUAUUGCCUGUGGAGUCCGGCAUAUCUCUGAUGACAUCUUUCUCACCACAGCAGAGUCAAUUGCAGAAGAAGUCACGGAAGAGAACCUUGCUGAAGGAAGGUUGUAUCCACCUCUGAGCUCCAUUCAAGAUGUCUCCUUCAAAAUUGCUGUGAAAGUUGUUGACUAUGCCUACAGACACAACUUGGCCUCGUGGUACCCAGAACCAGAAGAUAAAGAAGCCUUCGUUAAAUCCCUCGUUUACAGUCCCGACUAUGACUCAUUUGUUAUAGAUAAUUACCAAUGGCCACAGGAAGCCAUGCAGACUCAAAAUAUUUAAUGUUCUCUUGUGGGGAGGUGGGGAGGCCCUAAAAAGACUCUGACCUGGUGACUGUUACAUCUCUACCAGCUUGGAUAUGAAUGCACAGAAUCAUCUGCUAUAAACAGAAGGGUGAAGAAGCACCCAUUUUUCCUUUAUCCAGCUGUCUUUCUCUCUCCCUUUUUUUUUCAUUUUUACGUAUCUGAGCUAGAAAUAGUGCAAAGUCAACAGGAGCCAUUUUGCAUCCCAACCACAUCUAUGGGCAUGCCUAGGUUGGCUCUAGAAGGUUCCAUCCUGAGUGCUUCCUCUCCUAGUUUAAGCAUCACCACAGAGUUCAUGGAAAGUGUGCUGUUGGUCCCUGCACAUAAACCCCAGGAGUUCCCAACCAAACUGUGAUAACCCUAUCAUCCUUCCUAAUGCAAAACUCUAAGCAAAACCCAUCAUAGUUGGGGUUUGUGGACACUGGGAGAUGUUUCCUUUUCUUAAAUUGCUAUUUUUUUUCUUUUUUUACCCACUGCUCAGAUAAAGUAAAUGCAUUCUUG